GAGUGACUCUGGUCCCAUCAGCUUAGUUGUGAAUGCUUGUGCAAGUAGGGACCUUCGCGAGAAUGUUGUGGGGGUCUGUUUUGUGGCACAAGAUAUUACUGGGCACAAGACUGUUAUGGACAAGUUCACCCGAAUCGAAGGUGAUUACAAGGCUAUUGUACAGAACCCAAACCCCUUGAUUCCCCCCAUAUUUGGCGCGGAUGAAUUUGGCUGGUGUAGCGAGUGGAACCCAGCUAUGGCAAAGAUAUCUGGGUGGAGUAGGGAAUAUGUUAUUAAUAAGAUGCUUCUGGGAGAGGUUUUUGGGACACACACGGCAUGUUGUCGUCUCAAGAAUCAAGAGGCUUUCGUAAACCUUGGUAUCAUACUGAACAAUGCUGUGACUGGUCACGAAUCAGAAAAGAUUUCUUUUGGUUUCUUUGCACAGAGUGGGAAGUAUGUAGAGUGCAUUUUGUGUGUGAGCAAGAAGAUAGAUGGAGAGGGUGCUGUCACUGGGGUCUUUUGCUUUUUGCAGCUAGCAAGUCCAGAGUUGCAACAAGCUCUUCAUGUUCAGAGAUUAACGGAACAAACUGCACUGAAGAGACUAAAAGCAUUGGCUUACAUUAGAAGACAGAUCAGGACUUCCCUCUCGGGGAUUAUGUAUUCUCGGAAGCUGAUGGAGGGAACAGAUUUGGGAGAGCGUCAGAUACAACUACUUCAUACUAGUGCUCAGUGCCAGCGUCAGUUGAAUAAAAUUCUUGACGAUACAGAUCUUGAUUGCAUCAUUGACGGGUAUGACAGCCCUAUUCUCUACAAUCAGUAUUUGGAUCUUGAAAUGGUUGAGUUUACAUUGCAUGAAGUUUUGGUUGCAUCGAUUAGUCAAGUAAUGAUGCAGAGCAAUGGAAAGGGAAUCCACAUUGCAGAUGAUUUGCAAGAGGAGAUCAUGUCUGAAACCCUAUACGGGGAUAGCCUGAGGCUUCAACAGGUCCUAGCAGAUUUCUUGUCAAUAUCAGUGAGUUGUACACCCAACGGUGGCCAGCUUGGUGUUGCUGCUAGCUUGACCAAAGAUCGUUUAGGACAAUCUGUUCAGCUUGUGCAUUUGGAGUUCAGGAUAACACAUGUGGGAGGAGGUGUGCCAGAAGCCUUGUUGAGCCAGAUGUUUGGCGGCGAUACAGACACAUCUGAGGAGGGGAUCAGCCUACUAGUCAGCAGAAAACUGGUGAAGCUCAUGAAUGGAGAUGUUCAGUAUCUGAGGGAAGCUGGGAAGUCAACUUUCAUCAUAUCUGUUGAACUUGCUGGAGCCAAUAAGCCUAAGGGUGAAUAACUCUCUCCUAUCCGACUCAUUUAUGUUGUUUUCCAGUAUCUGUUGCUUUUUGUGUUAACCUGUAAAUAUGGAAAUCCAUCUUUGAUGGACAUGGCAUGGACGAAUUCCACGUUAAUGUCAUAUGUUGAGCUACAUUAAUGUCAUCCCUUUCCUGUAUUA